UUUGAGAGAUUUAAUUGGAGGGGGGGCGGGGGUGAAGAUUCUGACAUAUAAGAUUCUAAAAUGUUUUUUAAUUUUCAGUGAAGACAGCGGCAUCGAUCCUUUCAAAUUAGCUCAGAAGUUUGGAUUCAAUUCUUUUCAAGAGUUUUUACGCUCGGAACACAUGAAAGAAUUUAUUGAGAUUGACAAUUCUGAUGGUGUAACAACCUACCAUUAUCCGCUAUCUGAAGCUGACAAAAGAACUGCAAUUCAUCGGGAGCAAGCGGCAUCUUUUUUGGAAUUGGAGAGAAAUAGAAAGAUUCGUAUGAGAAACAAUACCAGCAGCAGUGAAUGCCCAAAUGCCGAUAGAAUUCUUGCUAAACGCUACAAAAAACGAUUUGGAAUUGAAGAUGAAUGGGAAAAAUUAGAAGAAGAGAGAGAAAAACUUAAAAGUUCAAAAUAUGCUGUUGGAAGGGGUAAAAAGGUUUAUGUUUCUCGAAGUAAAAGAUUGAUGGAAGAACAAAGUCAGCAGCCUUCAACUUCAUCGAGUACGAGUGGAAGUAAUUUGUUGAGUGGGCUUGUUUCUAAUUCUUCAAAUCAAACGGCUGGUAGAGGAAGGGGAAAUUUGGGACGCGGCCGAGGAGUUUCUGCUCGAAGUAAUUUUGACCAAAAUAUUUUAUUUAGUCGUUAA